ACAGUAGUGUCUAGUCAUCUGAUGUAAUAGGUGAAAUGGCUAGGACUCGGAAAGCCACUCUGUCAUUCAAGGUCAGUCUUUAAGCCCUCUCCAACCCAGUGCACUGUAGUGACUCGGCUCCAGGAUAACAAAGAAAGGAAACCAAAGUGGCAGAAUGUAGGAUUGUAAAUGUUCUGUAAUCCAUGAUGUCUAUAAAGAACUGGAACAUUACAAAGAUGUCACCUUCACCGAGACUUAUUCCUCAGUGGAAGGACUUGAAAUUCCUCAUAAAUAAUACCCUGAAGGAUAUAAAGGCUGAUGAAAAACCAAAGAAUGAUGUGAUUGUAUUGAGUGACUGGCCUAAGACUCUAUACCAGGAGCCUCACCAUCCCCAGAGCAAGCCUUUCAUCUGUUUCUAUGCCAUCGAUGUCAACUAUUUUGUGUCCUUAAACUGGGUGGAACCACAUUCAAAACAAAUACAGGCAGUACUUUGGGUACAGAAGAAAGAUACAGAAAUAGGAGGAAUGAUAGAGAAGACAAAGUUUCCUGUGAUGGAUCAAGUGCCACCCAUUGAAGCAAUGGUCCACACAGGUUCCUACCACAUGUUAAUUGCUUACUGUGGUGACAUGCGCCUGCGGCUCUUCGGAGAUCACCAUCAAGCAUUCAUAUCUCUGGGCACAGUGCCCUGUUGUUUCUCCAUCAGCUGCCUCUGCUAUGACUCAGAAGCUGAGAUACUGCUCUCUGGUACCUUGGGGGCUGUGGUUACCUGGCUUAUCUUACCAAACGGCAGGGGCCUCCAGAUGGCACAAACAGUGCUCAUGUCUGAUCAUGAGUUUGUACAGGGCUUUUCCCUGAACGGCCCCCAGGGCUCCCUCCUGGCUCUCUGUGAGAAUAAGGUGAGGGUCUUCACCCACCAGGGUCAGGGCCAGCUGAAAGAGGUAAAAAAGUUCACUCCCACAGCCAAUGGCUCUUCUAUCACCUGCUCCUUCACUUGUGUCUCUCAGGGCUAUUUCUAUGCUGGAAACGAGGAUGGAGAGAUCCAUGCUUGGAGUCUAGACCAGGGUAACUUCCUCCACAGCUUCCAAGCCCAUUCCUUAUCAGUGAUAUGUGUUUACAGCCGGCCAGAGACCUACACCUUACUAACAGCAGGCCGAGAAGGCGUUAUAAGGGAAUGGAAUCUUGCCUUUGGGAACUUACUGCGGCAGCUGGAUAUUGAUGAGGAUUUGCAGCAACUGCAGUUUAUUGAUAACACCACUUUUUUCUGCCAGACUACCCACACUUUCUCAUUGCACCACCUACCAUAUUUUUAUAGCCUCUUCAAUGUCUGUGGUUCUGCUCCUGAGCAGGUGCAGCGGGUCUGCUGUGGCCGUAAUUGGACUCGAAUCCUGUGUGCUACUAAGGAUGGUUUAUUGCGCUUCUUGUCUCCAGUAACAGGAGAUCUCCUGGUUAUCACCUGGCCUCUACUUGUCAUGGAUAAGGCCGUGGCUUGGGCCUAUGACUCAGACAAAGAAGAGCUCUUUGUGGCAACAGGCAGUUCAGAGGUGCUGGUGUUUGAUGCAACGCGCUCUCCUUGCACGGCCAAGUAUCUGGUAUGCACUUCAGUAAACUCUAGGGAUAGAGUAAGGUGCCUGGCCUAUGGGCAGUCCCAUUUGGGCAUGGGCCUAAUAGGAUUGAUGUUCUGUGGGCAUGAGAGUGGCGUUGUGAGAGUCCUCUCCCACUACAGCUGUGCUCGAAUAGAAAAGACUGUUCACUCUGGGGCAGUUUUGGCACUGUCUACCCUAGAAGGUCCUCAGGAAAUCUCCUUACUCUGUUCCUAUGGCAUGGAUAAUACUAUACACCUGACAGAAGCUGUGCUUCAGAAAAACAAGGUAAUCCUGCAGCCCGUAAGCAAAAUUCUCUGUGCUUGCCCCCUAACACACGUGAUCCUCUUGCCAGGUUCUGUGGGUGCCAUCACUGAGAACCACUGCUGGCAUCUCUGGCACUACCAAGAUUUUCUGAAAUCUUCAGAAUCAAAACAAAGGUCUGUUAGAGACAAAGAGACAAAAUGCCUGCACCAGUGUCACAUCACUUCAUUUGAUGUCUGCUCUUCCCUGAAACUUUUUGUCACAGGGGGCACUGAUGGCUCAGUCCGGAUCUGGGAUUUCCAUGGUAGACUCAUAACUGAGUUGGACUCAGCAUUGCAUUUUGGCCCACUCUGCUUUGCCAAUAAUCGGGGUGACCUGCUUUUGACUUUCAACCAGAGUCUUUACCUGGUAUCCUGCUUAAAAUUGCUCCCUCCUGCUCAGCUGAUUCACCUAGCCAUCCUAAGCAGUGCAGAUGAUAUACAAGAAGUCCCUAAACCCUUCCUGCCUAGCUUCUUCUUUUCUUUUGAAAGAGUAUUUGUACCCAAAUUUGUCUACCUUGGACAAGGGCUGCAGGAAUUACAGGGACUAGAGGCCCUUGUUAACAAACGGGUCAUUGCCUUUGACAAUACUGUGCCCCAUGUUGUAGAGGAAGAGAGUCAUAUGUCCACUCUGAUUCAAGAGGAACCCAAAUCACACUUUUGGGAGGAUAAGGAUAUUGCUUUUGACCCCAAGCAUAAUCGUCCCCAACACUUGGCUCCUGCUCAGUUACAUCUUGCUGGCUGGGAUGGAUUGAACCCCUACCAUAUAUUAUGUUGCUUCUUUGGUAAAGGGCGGCAAUGGCCCUUUGCUCCUGAUGGCUACAUCCCCAACUCAGUUAUCCGUGCCCGCCUUUGGCCUGAUGGUACCCCAAUCUUCUUACGCUAUGAUCUGUACCAAGAUAAAGACUGGGACAUGACCAAACUCGUCAGAUGCCAGACACUGUCACCUAUGCCUCUACUAGAAGAGAACAUCUCAAUGAGAAGAGAGAGGGAUAAAUCCAAGAAGUGGAAACGAACUUUCUAUGAUGUUCUAGUAAGCAUAAUGAACCGAAAUUGGACAGGAAGAAAAUUUGAUGAAGGAAUUAUAAAUAAUUUAAUCGAGGCCAUCCUCAACCUCACAAUUUACUGCUCUAUAGACCAAUACAAGACAUACAUUAGUGUCCUGGCACAAAUUUUUGCCACUUAUCAAGUAUCUCCAAGAUUGUGCUCUGAGGCUGCCUGUCGCCUGAUGGAAGAUACAGUUCAUCCCAAUGCACACAUCCGUGAGCUAGCCUGGGAGGGGUUGGAGAGGCUAGGUGUCCUGAGCCAUCUCUUUGCUGUUCCACUGGCUAUGGGAUUGAUGGACAGUGAUGAAAAUGUGAGGGCUAAGGCCUUAUACCUUAUGAUAACAGUCACAGGCAUCCAAACUAAGACUAUGCUGGCAGGCCUGCUGAAGAAACGAGACACGUUCCAAGAAAUGCAGAGGGAAUUUAUUGGAGAAACCUCUCUGGACCAGCUGCUGGGGAUCCAAGCUAAAGAUAUCCAGUGCCUGCUUACUCAGGUGGAGCAGCAGCUAAAUGAAAACCUGACUUUGUCAUAUAGAGACCAACAACCUACUUUUUAUUUAGACAUAUCAAUGGCUGGUAAACCUGAGACCCUUGUCAAACAAAUGGUCAUACCUGAAGAGAUCACCAAACCAAAGAAAAGAAAGACAUAUGUUCAAGCAAAAAGAAGAGAGCUUAUUAAAAAGGCCCUGACAGUUUCCAGAAAGCCAAGACAGACAGAGUUUGUAAAAUUUAGCUCUAUGUUGGUGCCUUCAAAGGAUGAAGAUGAACAAAGAGAGGCCAGGCAAUCAGAGCAGAUUGACACCAGGGAUGUUACCUUAGAGCCUAAACUGCAAUUAAGUACUUUCAGCCCAGCCAAAUCUCAAGAGGAUGCUGAAUCAGAGGAGGUUGUGAUGGAAGCCACAGAAGGAAGAGGCCACAUGGAGGUGACAGAGGUUAUGAAGGCCAUAGAUCAACGUGGUACGAAAGAUUAUGGAGAGGUGUUCCCUGAGGUAGAAAUACACGAAGUAGAAGGAGGAGGCCACAUGGAGGUGACAGAGGUUAUGAAGGCCAUAGAUCAACAUGGCAUGAAAGAUUAUGGAGAGGUGUUCCCUGAGGUGGAAAUACAUGAAGUAGAAGGAGGAGGCCACAUGGAGGUGACAGAGGUUAUGAAGGCCAUAGAUCAACGUGGCAUGAAAGAUUAUGGAGAGGUGUUCCCUCAGGUGGAAAGACAAGAACUCAUGAGUAGGCGUUGGAAAAGGGCACUGGAAAAAAGCCGUGAAAAAGUAGCUGCAAAGUUGAAACAGGAAAAUGACUUGAAGGAUAUUUCAAAGACAAUUGCAGAAGAGCCCAAGAAAAAAGUCACGCAGAUUACUGAGCAAGAAAAAUAUACAAGGAAGAAACAUGGGAAGAGUGACCGAGGUUUGGCUGGUAUGCCUGGACGCGUGGGUAGAUCAGAUACCAGGUCUUGGCGGGAUGACAUUUGCUAUCUUGUUACCUCGCGGAUAGCAAAUUCGCAUCCAGGAACGUUAAGAGAUCUGGGUCAAGAAUUGGUGGACUUGGCUCAGGUGGUGCUUGGUCCCCAAGAGCCCAGCUGGGAACUCUUCCAAGAGAUCUGCCCCCUUCUAAAGGACUCAUCAGAAUUGGAUGAACAAGUGGUAGAAGAACCAUCCAUUAUAAUUGAAAAGGCGGAUAUAGAGGUUGUUGAGGAAGAAGGGACAGAACUGAGAGGACAAAGGGACAAAAAAGCAUUAAAAAAGGACAAGGCAUUUUCUCAAAUGAAGAAAAAGAAAGUUGCUUUCUUAGAUAAACUAGCCUUAGAGAAAAGGAAAUUUAAAAAAGAAGCUAGGAAACUGGCCAAGCAAGAAGGGAAAACAGCUGAGGAAGAAAGGAAACUGAGUACACCAAAGAAGAAAUUAAUACAGGGAAAGGAGAAACUGACCCAUCAGGAAGAAAAAAUAGCUUGGGAAGAAAAAAUAGUGGCUUCCCCACAAGAGAAAUUAACCCAGGAAGAGCAGAAGUUAGUCUUAGGAGAAAAGAAAGAGACUAGAAAACAAGCUAAGAAAGAGGAGAAAUGGGUUGGGAAAGAUAAGAAAUCCACUGAUGAAAAUGAAGAGCUCCACGAAAAAGAGCAACUAGCCCUAGAAGAGCAGAAACAGGCCCAGGAAGAGAGAAAAUGGAGUCGGAAAGAGGAGAAAGAGAGCUUUCAAAGAAAACAAUGGGCCUGGGAAAAAGAGAAGUUGUCUGUAGAAGACGAGGAACACGCUGAUGAAAUGCAGAAAACAUCUCAAGAGAAACAGGAAAAAGCACUGACGAAAAGACUGACCCAGAAAGACAGUAAACUGGCCAAGGAAGACAGGCCCUUGGAAAAAGAGAGAACGCCCCUAGAAGUGUUGAGAGUUCAUCUGGAUUUGGAAGGACAGGAAAGUCAACUUCUUGGAGCACACCCUAUGACAAGUUCUUGGGGAAGACAAGAGGAUGUGCUCUUGGAGAAAGCCAGGGGUUUGAGAAUAGGCUUAGAGACCCAGAUCCCAGAAGGCCUCCACAGGCCAGAGUCCCACUUAUCAGAUAUUAUCAUGAAAUCACAGAAACCUGAACGUUGGCCCAAAGGUGACAGGUGGAAGUGGUUCAUUAAGUACCAGGAUUCCCCAGUGAGGAAAACUGAAGGCCAGGCUCCAGGGCCAGCCCCAGCCCCAGCCCUAUCCCUUACUUCUAUACCAGCUGAAAGGCCAUGCUACUCAGAAGCAAGCUUCUCAGAUGAGGACUGGGUUAACAAUGCCUUAAUAAGACUGGAAGCAGGGGAGCAGCUUUCCAGGGACAGUUUCCAUAGACUGUACCAGCUCCUCAGAGACUUCACUUCAAAGGGAUACAUGAAAUGGAUGCAUUUGUGCAAUCUUAAAGCCAUUGCUAAACACCUAAGGCAGAACCUCGAGGUAAGUCACACAGACAUAUCACAACAUAAGAAUGCUUUGAGUCCAGUGCACUUAAAAGUGAUCCCUCCAAUUAGAAGAAAAGAAAAAGAGAGCCGGCUAGAGCCACUGUCCAUACCUUCACCAGUGUUACCAUCAAUCACCAAGAGGAUUCGAGUCCCAAAGGCUAUAAAUUGGCAUCUUUUAGGAGAAACUUACAGGAGUGCACGGGUACAGCAACUAUCCAAUGCUCUCAAAGAGAUGGAAAUGAAACAUUUCUAUCCUGCUGCAAGAGAGAUUUUCACAGGUGCCCAUGCCUCUGUGGACAAACAAACUCUAGCACUGAUGUUUCAGAAGGAUCUCAGGGCUUUUAAGGGAAAAGACAGGCCCCUCACAUUGCCCAAGUUGAAGAAGGCACAGCCCAUCUCUAAAAAAAAGGAAGAGGUGCCUCAAUGGGAGACAUUUGUGGCACUGUACCAUGUUUUGCAGAUGAUGCAGCAACAAUAUGCAAAAGACAGCACUGCUUGGAUGGAACAGUUUUACCAACUCAUGGAUCUGUACAAAUUUAAGUCCCCCCAAAUCCAGAGGCUUCUACUAAAGUUGCUGCAGAGAGAGGAACUCCAACCCCAAGAGAUCAUGUACAAAAAGGCCCUGAAAACUCAGGAGCUGGUACCUGGUGAACGGCUGUUCUGUGGCUUGUUUUGGGGUCAUUCCCAUGUCCCUGCAAGUCCUCUCAAGUUCCAUAAUAUUGUACCUCUGCCUGGGAAGAGCAGGGUGCAUACUAUCCAACCUGUGGGCAUCGCCCAGUAUGGAUUCCUAGAACUUGCCUGGAAAAACCUACCACAAGUCAAUCCUUACUUUAUUGAGAAGCCGCCCAACAUCCCUACUCCUACUCUAUGAUUUGGCCUAACAUUAGGACUUUGGGGUCUUGGUGGGAAAUAA